UCCUGCUGGGGUGCUUAUUAAUGAUUCAACAAGGGCGAGCGCACGGGGCAGCCGCCACUCCUCACCGACGCUGCUCCUGAGCAACAUGGACCGGCUGAGCACCGCGGAGGCCGAAGACAGCAUGUUCACUAGCAUUUCUCUAGUGGAUGACACAGACCAUUCAUCAAAGAGUUUGCAUCCAAGAGCUGAAAGUCUGUUACCCAAGAUGAUGAAUGCUGACAUGGAUGCAGUUGAUGCUGAAAAUCAGGUGGAACUGGAAGAAAAGACUCGACUUAUUAAUCAGGUGUUGGAACUUCAACACACACUUGAAGGUUGCUGGUAUGGAUCGAUUGCUGCAGACAGAAGCACCCACAGAGGGCAGGCUCAGGAGCCGGAUGCAGAAGCCAGACCCUGUAAGAGUUCAUUUCUGCAAAGCUACGGGGACAAAAACCUCCUCAGGAGUGCAGAAGGUGAGGGUCCUCCUGAGAAGGUGAAAAUGGCACAGACGCCUGUGUGUCCACUGGAAAUCACAGGGCUACACACUGCAAAUGCAAUUAGCAGCACAAAAUUUAUAUUUAAAUAAACCUGAAAAAAAUUAAGUAGAAGCCAACAAAUGAUAUAAAAUAAAGACAGUAAUAGUGCUGAACAAGCUGGGAGUGGUGGUGCACGCCUUUAAUCCUAGCACUCAGGGAGGCAAACGUAGUUAGAUCUGUGUGAGUUGGAGGCCAGCGUGAUCUAUAGAGUAAGUCUAGGACAGCAAGGGCUAUACAGAAAAACCUUGUGUUGAAAACAAAACAAAACAAAAACAACAAAAAAAUGCUGAACAAAUAGUUGUUAGCACUGGACAGAGACAAUCAUUUCAACAAGCAUGUAAAAUCAUUUUAUAGUCUCACAGGAAGUGAAAAACAAACUUUUUUUUUAGCUCUUAGGAUUUGUAUUCACACCUUCGUGAAGUCUCCUUCCAGCUGGGAGACAAAUGGGUGACAGCAUAGACAUGGCAGCAGUUUCAGGGGUGCUGUCUCUCUUUCCUUUUGUUGUGUGAUUGGAGAUGCCAAGAACAUCCGGAAGAGGUGGGGAGGUCGGGGAGGACUGGGAUCAGCCAUUUGAGCUGCUUAAGCAGCCUCUCAACAAACCAGAGUCAGAGCCCUGCAGCUAGGCCACCUCAACACCCUGGCCUAACCCACUGACCUAAGAGUCAACAUGUGUUGUUGACUUUGCUGGUUAGUUAGGGGAUAUUUAUUACACAGCACAACCUAACGUGGUGGUUCAAUAUAAAAGAACUAUAAUCUAUUUAAGCAAACUUUAAUUAAGGGUUAUGCAACCAACAGGAAAAAAAUAUGAUUCUUAAGAAUAAAAGUCCAUGGUCUUUAUACAAAAAUCACAAUACAUAUCUGAAGGACAAAGAAUAGCUCAGGAGAGAGAGGGAUAGGACACUCAUCAACCCAAUACAUUUCAAUUAAGGGAACCCUUCACCUAGAAUGCAAACUACACAAACAGUGAGUAAAUAUAAACAGUGCUUCAACAUGUGGGUGUGAGUGAGUCCCAUGUAGAUUUUACAAGAUGUUGACAAUGCAGCAACCUAAAGCCAAGUCAUAUUAAACAGAAAACAAAACAAUAAAAGAAACAAUGUUGCAGGAUUUGAUCCCAUUGUGAUCCCCACAAUUGUGAACUAUAAAACCUUGUUUCUUUGGUGUGGUUGAGCCCUAUCACACACCUUUAAUUCAAGAACUUUCCAUUUAUUGUAAACUGGUGAGUAUGGUGUGGUUCACCCAGCCCUAGCACACACCUUUAAUCCAAAAGCUUUCCGUACACUGGAUUUGAUAAAGUUAGCCCUGGGUCAGGAGGUGGAGCAAGAAACCAGCUGACAGGGAUUAAAGAGUAGGAGGGAUUUUGGGUUGAGGGGUAUUUAAGU